GUUGUGACACACCGCCGCGGUGUAAACCCGACUCAACGUGCGCACACUUGGCACCAGUGCAUUGCUUAGAGUUCUCAUACGGCCCGAAUACUUGACACGGGAUACCGUUCGCCCCCGUUUUUGUACUACAAAUUUGUUGCUACUUUUUUUUCAUAUCCUAUUGCUUUACCACACUCUUGGUAAGCUCUUGGACGUCGUCGUCUUGUUCGUUUUCUCAGAUUCACAAUGCCACCUUUGGCCACUGCCGUGAAGCUACAGCCUGAAGACGAUGUCAAAUUGCCCGGCAUUAAUGCCGUGCUCCUCGGGCCGCCCGGUUCGGGUAAGGGCACACAGGCACCCAAGCUGUUGGAGAAAUUUUACCUGUGUCACUUGUCGACAGGGGACAUGUUACGGUCUGAAGUGUCCUCGGGUUCAGAACUUGGUCUGAAAGUGAAACAUAUCAUGGAGACAGGUGGAUUGGUUAGUGAUGAUAUUGUUGUUGAUUUAAUUGAUCAUAAUCUAAAUAAGCCUGAAUGUAGACAAGGAUUUUUAUUAGAUGGUUUUCCUCGAACAGUACCUCAAGCUGAAAAAUUGGAUAAUCUUUUAGAAAAACGGAAAACUCAGUUGGACUCUGUUAUUGAGUUUAACAUAAGUGAUAGUUUGUUAGUACGCCGCAUAACAGGUCGUUUGAUUCAUCCUCCCAGUGGUCGAUCUUAUCAUGAUGAAUUCCAUCCACCAAAAGUUGAUAUGAAAGAUGAUGUGACUGGUGAACCUCUUAUUCGUCGAAAUGAUGAUAAUGUAAAUGCUUUAAAGAAACGUCUUGAUUCAUAUCAUAAACAAACAACUCCAUUAAUAGAUUACUAUAGUAAAAAAGGAAUUCAUUCAAAAAUCGAUGCUUCUAAAAGUGCUGGUGAAGUGUUUAAAAUGAUUGAAGAUAUAUUUUUGCGUUGUUCAAGUUCAGCAAAUAAAGAUAGAGUAAUAUUUGUUUAAAACAUUCCAAUUUUUGUGUUUUAUGUUUGAUGUUAUUGACAUUUGAAUCGUGUAAAAUCAUAAAGUUUUUAAUUUUUUUUAGAAAUUGUAAUUGUAUUGAAA